AUGGCGGAUCCAGAGCCGGCGAAUACUGGUCCGCUUGAGCCGGAUAAUGGAGACGGGAUUGACAGCAAUGAUGACAGCGACUCGGCGAUGGGAGUGUCUGUGCCUGGGUCAUCUGCGUCCAUGACCAGCAGCAUCAUGCGUUAUCGCGAAGAAAAUGGAAGAACAUAUCACGCCUAUCGAGAAGGAAGAUAUGUACUGCCAAAUGACGCGGUCGAGAAUGAGAGACUAGAUCUUCAACACCAUUUAUACACGCUUACCUUUGAUGGAAAGCUGUUUGUAUCACCAGCUGGCCGAGACAAGCCAUUAAAACGAGUAUUGGAUGCGGGAACCGGAACGGGAAUUUGGGCAAUGGACUUUGCCGACGAUCACCAAGAGACAUUGAUCAUUGGCGUCGAUCUCAGUCCAAUACAACCGCCGUUCGUCCCUCCAAACGUCACAUUCUACAUUGACGACUUGGAAGACGACUGGACCUACUCUUACAAAUUCGACUUCGUCUUUGGCCGAAUGCUCACAGGCUCAAUCGCAGACUGGCCAAGGUUCAUCCGCCAAAGCUUCGACCACCUCGAACCAGGAGGCUGGAUCGAGUUAUCCGACAUCCUCCUGGACCUCCAAAGCGACGACGGCACAGUCACCCCGGAAUGCGCAACGCAACAGUGGGCAGCCCACAUGCUCGAGGCAGCAGCGAUAUGGAAACGACCGCUCGACAGCUGCAAGUUUUACAAGGAGCAGCUGGCGGAGGCGGGAUUUUCCAACAUUGAGGAGAAGAUUUACAAAUGGCCGUCGAACCCGUGGCCAAAGGACCCAAAGUACAAGGAACUAGGCAUGUGGACGUACGAGAACCUAGGAAACGGCUUGUCGGGACUCAGCCUAGCCCUCUUCACUAGGGCGCUGGGUUGGUCGGCUGAGCAGCUCGAGGUCUUCUUGGUGGGCGCCAGGAAAGAUAUGAAAGACAGGUCGAUACACGGAUGGUGGCCAGUGUGA